CACAACACAUCUUCACACACGCACGAUUAACAGGUCACGUCUGUUCACGGAUUCAACAGAUUAUAUUUUUUGUGGUGGUAAACAACAAAGGUAGUAGACGCGUGAAUUCAUUGGAACUCGAGAAUGUACGUACAAAAAUAAACCGUGUUACGAACGAUAUUACCUGUUAAAACCGUUCGAACAAGAGCAACCUUAUUUCGCGACUUGCGAAACGUCUCGUUUCUUGACAUCUUUAUUCCAAAGGGCACAUUCAACGACUAUACAACGACAAGAUCGCGGAGAAUAAUAAUGCACGUGGAAUGUGAACGAAACCGAAUCGGAAAUGGCGCCAAACGCGGAGGAGGAACUGCUGGUGGUGAAACCCUGGGGGCCACAACCGGAAAAGGAACGAUUAAGACCGCCUACGUACAACGCUGAGGACUACGCGAUCGCGUUGAGACGAUGGGGAAGGCGUCCAUUAGGAAGCGUUCAAGAAUUGCAAGGUACCCUGCCGUCCACAACCAGUUCGAGUUCCGGUUACGCUUCCGGAAGCGGCGAGAUGACCUUGAGACAAUUCACGUCGGUCAGCGAGCUUCUGAACAAGCUUAGGGCGGACCUGAGGCUGGCAUUUCCAAGCUUCGUCCAGGAGUUCGCGUCGCCGCCCGCCGAUGGGAUCAUCUUAUUAUUGGAGACACUUCGGGGUGUUCAGCUGGCUCAAAGUUCACCACCCUCUUCCGGUCACACCGGUCCAAGAGUCGGCACCAGAAGAGCUGCGCUGGACGAGUUGGGUUGCGUCGAGUGUCUGGCUGCAUGCGCCGAACGAUGCACCGAUGCACCGAGGCUCCUGGUGCAAGCUCAACCCGGUCUUCUUGCUCUGGCAGUCUGCCUGACUAGUAGCUUGAACCGGUCCCGAGUUCUAGCUCUCCAGUUACUGACGAAGGUGUGUCAAGCUCCGGGUGGUCACGCGGCCGUCUCGGAGGCAGUGUCCACGUUGAGGCUAAAGUACGGCGAGGGCGGACGUUUCCGGUUCCUGGCUGGGGCGCUUCUGGCUCCCAGAGCAGCGAUUGCACUGAGAGUCGCAGGAGUGUCGUUCCUGAACGCCUUCCUGAAAUCUGCACCGCGAACGCAAACCAGAUUAUAUAUUCAAGCUGAAGCCUGCGAAGCUGGACUAGAGCCGCAGGUCCUUCAAGAAUGGCUGAAAGAAUUGGACGGUAGGGAGGAGGACGCGUUGAACGAUCUUCUGCAUAAGGAGGUUCAGAGAUGGACCCACAACUGCGUGGACGUGGAUGUCCUGCAGCGAAGAGUGGUACGUGCCGAGGAAACAUGUAGGAUCCUCAGCAAAAAGGUAUCGGCACUGCAAACGGAGCUGCAGCAGUUGCAGCUGGAGAAGCUGAACAAUUACAACCUGGAGGAUCGCGAGAAGGUGGCUGUUCUCGGGGCGAAGCAAUCGCCAAAGGUGUCCUCGAACGCAGAGGACGAGGGUAUCAGCUCGUCGGAGAGAUCGAGCAGCCCCGAGAACACGAAGCACCAAAUGCGCGGUAACCAUCAGAAGCUGAACAUGUCGCCGGACAACGAUCAGGAGACCACGAUAGACGACGUGAUCGAGGAGCUGAGGAUCAUCGUGAAGGACGCGGAGGAGGAAUUCGGGGACAAGAAUCGGGAACAGAGUCGAAUAGAGCACGUCGAGAGUCAGGAUCUAUCCUGCAACGAUCACGCGUCCAAAGCCAAGCUGUACAACAACUCCUACACGUAUCUGUUCGACAAAGUGCUGAAGAGAGAUCAGCAAACGAGCAAGAAGGUCACCAAGUCCAACACGGACUCGAACGUGUCUCAGAACGUGAUAAAAGGCGAGCAGGUGACUUACUUUGGCAACGAUCGAGACUACAGCGUGGACUCGAGGCGAAGAGUUUCGAAAUCAUCCGUGGAAGGCAGCGUGAAGAUAGUCGUGAAAGGACCGGACGUCGAGGACGCCAUCGUACCGACUAUUCUCUAUCCUCAACCGCCCAGAAGAUCGCCGCCUUGUCUGUCGGCCAUAAUGGCGGUGAGACACGGCGACUUCGUCGAUCACGAAGAAACGUACAAUUCUCACGACGAGGACAUAGAGGAGGAGACCUUGGGCGAUGGCAGCGACUCGCUUCUCAGCGCUUCGCGGUUGAAGUACAACGGAAAGGGUCAAUCUUACGAGGAACAGAUCCCAAAUACCGAGAUCGAUCGCUUUCAGAAAUCGUCCGCGAAAGAAACGGAGAACGUGGGUAAUAAUAAAUCGAAGAAAGGGCUCGACAACCUUCGACGCUUCAACGACAGCGAGGCCAAGGACAAGAAGUCGGUCAGAAGCUUCGAGAACAGGGCGACGAACGAAUCCAAGUCGAAUUACAGGGCGACCGACGGAUUCGUUCAGAGGCACAGCACGAAACACAGGAGCGAAGUGGAGAAAAGGAAGCUGCUACGCAGAUCCGCCAGUCACGAUUACCUCGAAUCGAGCGCCUCGAGUCCGCGAUCGAGACGAUCCGGCAGAAGCAGAGUGGAGAGUCACAUCAGGAAGUUCGAGAGCUUGAACUCGUUCGACGAGCAUCGAAGUCUCCAGAGCUACGGUCGACCGGGCAGCUCGGAGAACCUGAACAAACAGGAACAGCAAUUCUUAGGCGACGAAGGCUCCCGGACCAGAAUGCGCAGAUCCGAGUCCUUCCAUCACGUGUCGCACGUCAGCAAAAAGGAUCAAUGCUCGUCGCGAGGCGGAAGCGACAGUGGAUUGUUUUACGUGACCGAUUUCAACCUGGAUCCGCUCGUAACGCAAAAACCGAGGUCCAUCGAAGCCCCGAAAUCGCCCAGCCUUCUGACCAAAUCUUUGGACAGAAUCGACGAGGGCCUGGACUCGAUGGUCGAUAUCGUUAUCACGGAAGAGAAGAAUCAAUGGAACUCGAGCAAGUACCAGUCGAAAACGAAGAAGUCCAGGGAAGAAAGGCAACUGAUCAGGUCGAAAUCGAGCCGACUCGAGGAGUCAAGGAGUUGCUCCGAGCUGGAAACUAAAGGAAGAAAGGAGGAGUCCAGGAGUAAACACUUGAGGAACGAUGAGUUUUAUUCUGGGAACAACAACAAUAAACAACUGAGAAACGACGAGUUGUACGAGGAGCAGAGAAAUCACGAAUGGAAUUGUCAGAACGAGCUGAACUCUGGUAGAAAGAACAGUGAUUUGGACGUUGAUUGUACCCCUGUGAUACUGACGAAGAACGGAGUGAGGCACAACUCGUUCAGCCAGAACGAGAAUAUGGGAAGUAAGUUUUCAAAUCGGUCCAAGGAUUCGGGAAUCUUUGCUGGACGAACUUACGACACGUUCGGUUUGGGGAAGAGUCGAUUCAAUGCCGGCAAAUAUUCGGGAAAUCAACAAAUUAAAGAGAAUCCGAUUGGAAGGAGGAACACGACUUCGUCCGUGAUUGGGAAUCGCGGAAAGGUCACUGACGUAGUAUCGGGACUUUAUUAAAACGGAUUUUAUAUACGCACGCGAUAAAAUAUAUUUAAAUGCGUGAAUUUCGUCCGAAUCUUCGCGUGUUUCGUACGUUUCUCAUAUCGCGUUCGGUGUAAACAAACAACAAAACUAACACUGUUAAGUUUGAUGCAUUUAUCGUAAUUGAAUGAACACGUAACUACAGUGCAAUACUUACGAGCAUUAUCAGUAAAAUUGAAAAUCUAAUUUAUGUUGUAAUUAAUAUUGUCGAUAAUAUGCGAUAAACGUGUGCCCGUUUUAGUUAUGUAGAUAGAUAUUUCGGUGAUGGACUGUCACACCUAUUCGAUGAAUUGUGCAAUAUAUUUUUCAUUACACGUAAUUAUAUUUCUGUAAUUAUAUCACGUUAAAAAGAAGACUGUAAUUUAUAAACGUUUAUAUAAGAAUGUACAUAAUAUACUGCUGAAAGAAAGGAAAAAUUAGAACGGGAGGCAUCGAAAUAGUUACAAAAUAAGAACAAAAAUUGCCAACGUUAAAAUAUUUCGUACGUGUGACUUUGCUGUUAUCGUAUUGUACAUAAACGUUCUCUUUUAACUUAUUCAUUUAUGCUGGAAUGAUAUUGUAACUACGUUCUAAACAUAAAUAAAACUGUUAGCUUUGAGAUAACAGCUAUCUUUUGUUACAACAAAAAAUGAGAAGUGAUAUUCAUAAAUAAUUACACAACUAAAUUCACGGUAUACCAUAUUAUUUAUUUCUAAUUGGCACAACAAACAUAGAAAACAAGACAUAUAACAAUAUUUAUAUAUAUGUAUAUAUAUAUAUAUAUAUAUA